AUGUAUUCAACGGAGGGAGUAGGUGAAUUACUCCAAGCAGCCGGACAGGCGUUACAACACUUGGGAUGGUUGACUUGCCAACUAGUCUCAAAUGAUAAUGAUGAUUCUUUAAGUGUAACCAAAUGGUCAAAUACUGUGAUUGAUAUGCUGACAUCUGGUAUUAAAAGGUUUUCUGAAGAUCUUAACCAAAUUUCUUCUGUCAUCCAAACAAUCGCAUUGGCUAAAAAAGGCAAAGAAGUGAACAAGGACAAUGCUAUGUCAGUGUCAGGAUCACAGCCGUUGCAUGAAUUCCCUAACCUUCCUGUGGAUGGCAUAGAUGAUCAGUCCAUGAAUGUCACGAUGAGGAAAAAAAAACAUUCGUUUGGCAAGGUCAUCUCAGAACCUUCAAGCUAUGCAGAAAUUGUCAAAUCUCCCGUUAAGAUAAUUAACACACUGAGCUGUUUAAAAAAUGAUUUGUCUGUGCCGGAGCCCUGUACUUCAGAUAAACCAAAAAAAUUUAAAUCCAGAAAGAAAUCGCCAUUAAAAAUAAUUGGUAAUAAGAUUAAUGAAGGCUGCAGAUUGCAGGCCAAUAAAAACCUUGUCAAAAAAAGGUCUUCUUGA